AUGGAGAAGCACAAUGUUAUACUGAGGGUCUAUUCUCUUGGAGACGAAGUGUUGAAGAGGUUUAUCACCUCGUCGCUGGGAAAGAGUGAGGCCUGCAUAUGGCACACCUCCAUCGAGGUCUACGGCACAGAGUACUUUUUCCAGAACGGGAUAAUGAAAGCUCGCCCGGGAUCGACCAUCUACGGAACUCCUCUAAAAAUCCAUGAUCUUGGGGCCACCGAUAUCCCGGAGGUUGUGUUUGAGGACUUUCUUUUUUCCAUAGCUGAAGACUUCGCUCCCCACAAAUACCAUCUGCUCAAGAAUAACUGCAAUAACUUCACCAACACGCUGGCCCUGUAUCUGGUCGAAAAGAGUAUUCCGGAGUACAUUUUCGAGCUCCAGAACGCGGCGCUUGAGUCAGAGUCUGUGUCGUCAAUGGUCGACAUGCUCUUCGGAGCUCCAGGGCAGACAUAG